AUGGGUUGGGCUGAAACAGAGAUGAGAUGCAAGAAACACCCCAAGAACAAACAGACACCAGGUGUUUGUUCAUAUUGUCUCAGAGAGAAACUCACCAAGCUCUCUUCUGCAAAUAAUAGCAGUUCUAAUGGUACAGGAACAGAGGAGGGUUCGUCUUGUUCUUCAUCAUUGUCUUCUUCACCUUACUCUUCUGCUGAAACUUCUUAUUCUUCUCCACUUCAUGAUCAUGGCUUCACUUCAUCUUCGGAUGGAAAAGGUUCUGGUUUGUUCUUGAAGAGUCGAUCGGUGAUUACGUUCAUCCCCAGAAUAAGAAAGAGAAGUAGAAAUGCAGUGGAAGAUUCAGAUGAGAAGAAGAAAUUAGGGUUUUGGUCGAAGCUGUUUCGUUCAACUGGGAAGAAGACUAAGAAGAUGCUUUUGCACUCCAAGACUAUGAGAUAA